AUGGCUUUUCAACCUACUCCGGCGGACAUUUCUGUCGCCAUUACCACGCCCAUGGCAAGUUCCAGUGCCGAGCCACGCUUGCUAACAGAGCGUCGUAUCACUCCCACUUGGAGUGUCUCGCAGCUUAAGGGCAAGCUGGAGACUAUGACAGGCGUACCUCCCGGUAGCCAGCGGCUGCUUCUCAAGUCCCCCGGUCGUCCUGACCAAUGGGUUGAAGGCGACGACUCCAUCAUUGGGGACUGGGGGUUGAUGAAGGGUUGUGAGAUUGAGGUUCACGACACUCGUCCUCAAGCAGCCCGGCCAAAUUUCACCGACCUAUCAUCCGUCGAGAAAUACGUCCUUCCUACAUCCACCUACGAAUCACUCUCGAACUCUGUUCUAGCAUGGAAGAAGAACCAAAAACUUGGCCGGUUCGAUCCGAACGCUCUAACCCCGGAAGAGUCGAUCCGUCAGCAAUCAGAGAGAGAUGCUGCUGAGAUUCAACAGAGAGCGAACUUUCCACUCGAAAAGGACCUGUCCUGGGGCUUGAAGCAGAUGAAUUCUGAUGAUUUUACUUAUGUAGGUAUUGCUGUUGAUAAACGUGCUAUCGUCUUGCCCUCGUCCCCGCCUCAUAUCCGACGAGGAACGAUUCGAUUUGUUGGUCCAGUGCCUACGAUCCCUUUCCCGGGCGUGGACCCAAAGAAGGUGCAGUUAGAUCCCGAGGCUCUCCCUCUCUGGGUGGGCAUUGAGUUUGAUGAGCCGUUGGGGAAGAACGAUGGCAGCGUAGGCGGCCAAAGGUUCUUUACCUGCCCGAAUAAGACUGGUGUUUUUGUGAAGCCCGAGAAAGUCGAGGUAGGAGACUUCCCGCCGUUGGACUUGGAUGACUUGGAUGAUGAAUUAAUGGAGGAAAUUUGA